AUGGCGUUUGAGAAGCGCGAUCGGCUGGCCGCGGCCCUCGCCGUGUACAACUGCACGAAUCGCCUUCUUCCAGCAACCAGCACCAAGCUCAAAGCGCGUAUUCACCGCCUCACAACCGAGCUGAUGAGUGCGCGUCCCUUGGUGGUGGAUCUCAAAGCACCGAUCGAGACGACGCUGCAAACAAUUAUGACCAACGAUGUGCUCGAGACGCUCAACUCGGGCUCCAAACCAGCGCUUUUGGAGCUGCAGGGCAUUGGUGAGAAGCGUGCGGCAGAGAUUUUGCGGGCCCGGCGCCUCGGGCCGCUCACCUCCGUGCACGAUCUACGCCGGGCCGGCAUGUCGACCAAGCACAUUCAGAGUUUUAUCGAGCUCAACGUCAUAUCACCAACCCGUCUCUAGUCAUACUGCUGUUGGAAACGUUGUCUUCGGAGCCUAUUUAAUGUACUAUUUCUUUCAGUACCCCGG